CAGCGACCACAGGUUACAGCCUCAUACAGACACACACACACACGCAGCGCCCUGGCAGACGGACCAAGGAGGACGGAGCGGACGGCAGAGAGAAACCUGUAAGAGGAACCCGACGAAGACCACGGAAGGAAACGAGAGAGAGAAAGGAAGGAAAGAAGGAAAGAAGGAAGGAAGGAAAGGACGCCCCCAAGGAGAGACACAGAGAGAGAUCAGGAGAGAGAAGCAGAGGCAGGAGAAGUCAGUGACAGGUGCGGUGUUGCUGAUCAGAAACUGAAUCAGCGUCAUCGCAAAUAAAGGAGUGGGCCUGUAAACCUGUCCCCGAGACGCUCUAGAGAGGCCUUCAGCUCCCUCUGCUUGUGCUGUCUGUGUGUGUGUGCGGGUCCGUGUGUGUUUGUGUGUGUGUGUGUGUGUGUGCGUCUACAAGAGAAAGUAAGUCACUGCAAAUUUCCGUUAGAGGGAACAAACGAAAACAUCUUCGUUAUCAACCCGUCGAUUGUCUGAAUAGUCGUGCGAGGCGGUCUCCUUGCUCCGGUCCAACCGACGUUUAGUGUAACCAACGGUAACCUUGACCCCUCCCCUACUCAAAAAAACAACAACAAUCCACUCACAACCAAGACAAACAACAACAACACCCAGACACCCAUCGUCCGCCCUCAUGGCUCCCAAGAAGAGGGCCUCCCGCCAGAAGAAGACCCCCGGUGACGGGGACGUCUCCCCGGCCCCCGCGGUCGCGGUCGCGGUCGCCAUGGACGCCAGCUCGCUGAAGGUGGAGAGCCGCGGCGACGGCGUGGUGGUGGUGAUGGAGUGCGGCGUGAAGAAGAUCGAGCAGAUGGCGGCGCUGGACAUGGUGCAGCUCAACAGCCUCAACCUGCCCCUGCUGCCGCCCGCCGUCAAGCCCGGCGAGCGGGGCCUGGGCCUGGGCUGCGAGCUGACCCGGCCCCUGCACGGCAACGCCCUGCUGGAGGAGCUCAGCAAGAUGCGCCAGGAGAGGUUCCUGACCGACCUGGAGCUGGCCUGCAAGAGCAAGGCCUUCGACGUCCACAAGCUGGUCAUCUCCUCCGUCAGCCAGUACUUCAGGGAGAUCCUGGCCAAGGACCCCGGCAUGAAGCGCCUGGAGCUGCCCUCCCUCUCACCUCUAGGUCUGGCCAACGUGAUCACCUUCGCCUACCUGGGCCGCGUGCACAUGUCCCUGUACACCAUCGGCUGCACGCUGUCGGCCGCCACCACCCUGCAGAUCCCGCAGCUGCUGAAGAUGUGCAUGGACUUCCUGCUGGCCGAGCUGAACCUGACCACGUGCGUGUACGUGUGGAACAUCGCCGCCGCGUACGGCCUGCUGCCCGUGAGGGACGCCGCCCGCCGCUUCGUGCUGGACAACUUUGUGCCCUUCUCCGAGACGGCGCUGUUCAACCAGCUGACCCUGGAGCAGAUCUCCGCCUUCCUGCGGGACGACAGCCUGGUGCUGCCCAGCGAGGUGGUCGCCUUCCAGCUGGCCAUGAAGUGGCUGGACUUCGACGAGGCGCGCCACGUGCACGGCGCCGAGCUGCUGGCCCACGUGCGCUUCGAGACCAUCCCGGCCAGCGAGCUGGUCAGCCAGGUCCAGCCGGUGGCGCGCAUGAUGCUGGACCCUCAGUGUCACCGCCUGCUGGUGGACGCCAUGAACUACCACCUGCUGCCCUACCAGCAGAACACGCUGCAGUCGCGCCGCACGCAGGUCCGCGGCGGGCAGCAGACCCUGCUGACCAUCGGGGGACGCCCCUCCAUCACCGAGCGAGCCCUGAGCCGCGAGGUGCUGUGGAGGGACCCCCGUGAGGGCGCGGCCACCUGGCGCCACCUGUCCCAGCUUCCCGCCAAGAGCUUCAACCAGUGCGUGGCGGUGAUGGACGGCUUCCUGUACGUGGCCGGGGGGGAGGACCAGAACGACGCCCGCAACCAGGCCAAGCACGCCGUCAGCACCCUCAGCAGAUACGACCCCCGCUUCAACACCUGGCUCCACCUGGCCAGCAUGCGCCAGCGCCGCACGCACUUCUCCCUGGCCGCCACCGGGGGGCGCCUGUUCGCCAUCGGCGGCCGCAACGUGGAGGGCCUGCUGGCCACCACCGAGAGCUACCUGCCCUCGGCCAACGCGUGGCAGAUGCGCGCCCCCAUGGAGGUGCCCCGCUGCUGCCACGCCAGCGCCACCCUGCCCUCGGGCGACAUCCUGGUGUCCGGCGGCUACAUCAACUGCGCCUACUCGCGCUCCGUGGCGUGCUACAGCGUGGAGAGCGACAGCUGGAGCGAGCGGCCCUCCCUGGAGACGCCCCGCGGCUGGCACGUCUCCGCCACGCUGGGCGGCAACGUGUACGUGGCGGGCGGGAGUCAACUCGGAGCGGGCGGCGAGCGCGUGGACGUGCUGUCGGUGGAGGUGUUCUCGGCGGAGGGCGGGGCCUGGAGCCGGGCGGCGCCGCUGCCGCUGGGCGUGAGCACGGCGGGGCUGUCGCCGCUGGGCGACAAGCUGUACCUGCUGGGCGGCUGGAACGAGGCGGAGAAGCGCUACAAGGCGGCGGUGCAGCGCUUCGACCCGGCCACCGACAGCUGGUCCCUGGCCGAGGACCUGCCCGAGCCCACCGUGGGCGUGUCCUGCUGCACGCUGACCCUGCCGCCGCGGCAGGCCGCGAGGAGGCCGCAGCACCGCAACACGCCGCAGACCGCCCACGAGGAGCCGGCCAGGGUCCGGAGCCGGGAGAGCAGCGCCAACCCGCCCCUGAUCAUCGGCACAUAGGCAGAGAGAGAGAGAGACAGAGGGACAGAUGGACAGAGAGAGAGAGGGGGUAACGGGAUGGAGGGGUCGAGGCUGAGAUUGUUGUCAGAGGGAAGGGUAGAAUACGUAAGAAGUGAUGCGCCUAGAUUCUAGAUGCGACAGACGAGCAGUUGGCUGAGUAGAAGGAGGAGAUGAGGGCUGUGUAGUGAUGGGGGUCUCAAACCCGUGGCUCGAGGGCCAAAUCUGGCCCCACCCGCCCCGUAGGUUCAGAAUAAACAAACAAAUGUAGGCCCUUUCUGUUCCACUUUGGUUGGACGUUAGGUUGAAUCAGGUUUAAGAGAAUAAAGUAACAUUUUGUUUUGGAACACCGUGUAUUGAAUAAUUAUUUUGAUCUAGGCACAAUGAAUCAAAAACAGGCAUAAGUCGAAAAGGUAAAUAAAAAAGUAACCUCCAUUAACAUCUAUUGACGGGAAUGGUAAAUAACCAACACAUUUUGAUUAGGGAAAAGUAAAUAAACAAAGAGCCGUUUGGGAAGCGAGAGAACCCGCUCUUCCUACGAACUGGCCAUUGGACCCCAUUUAAAUUGAGGUGGAGACCCCUGGUGGUAGAGACCGGAACGGCGGCUAGCUUAAGGGAUAUCUGCUAGAGCAGUAUGAGGGAGAAACAUCGAAAGAGCCAUUUAGUUGUUCAACUGUGAACCCAUUAGCAGUGAUGUGUAAAAAGUAUAUUUAAAGUGUAUUGUGUAUUGUAACGAAUGUGUUUAUGGCAAGUUCUGUCAUUCAAUACCAGGUAGCCUUUAGCUAUGCAUAUGUAUUCUCAUCAGGGACAUGUGGCAAUUAAUCAUCAAAUUAGCAAAAAUUUCAUUUAUUUAUACUAUUUAUGUUGUUAGAAAUAAUGAAUAAAAACUAGACUAGAUCAAAGGAAAUAACAGAAACUUAUGCAUGGGGUAUUAAUUGUUUUUUAAAUGUAAUAAAGUACGAUAGGGUCUGUGAAGAGUAGGGGGAUUUAAUCUUGUAUUAUUAAUCCAUUUCAUUGACUUGCAUAGUAUUUUCAUAAACAACGUAUCUGGGAGCAACCACUCAAUAAUGCUCACUACUUAAAAUAAGAUGUGAUGCAUAAGAAAGUAAAGAAAACAUUCAAAAAAAGAAAAGAAAUAAACACUUAAAUAGCUCAUCCCAAAUCUAUAGAUUCUGAGAUAAAAGAUUUGGAGAUUAUUCGAGACCAACCAAGUGAACUCCUGUUACCAAGUGCCAAGUGGAGCCACAGAAUGUGUAGGUGUUAGAGAGGGUGCAGCAAAUGCCACGUCACUCGACUUUUCCUACUCAAAUGAGGCCCAUCCACCUAAUUUUAUUAGCAGAGUAUUGUAUUACUGUUUAACUACUUGCCCCUAUCGUUGUCUAGGGGACGAGUAGGAGGAGCCGUCAGCCACACAUCUAUGCUGCAUCAGGGUUUCCCCGAAUAAAACCAAUCUGAUCCAAACAA